AUGGCAGAAGGAGGGAAAGCCAACGUGAACCUAGAUCGGCAGAACACGGAGGACUCAGCCGAUCUUCCUCUAAAAAUCCCCGAUGUGGUGUCGAGACGAGAGGAGAAAAGCAGAGCGAGAAUACAAUCACAACUGGUUGAUGCAGAGAGGCUCUCACAGCUGGUUGAGAUAGAGCAUGAAGGGAGAGGAGAAGAAGGAGAUGUUGCCAAGGAACUGGAGAAGACGGACAACUGCUCACCUCCACCAUAUGACAGGCAAGGCAUAAUGCAGUACAUCACGGUCUCUCUCUCGGUCCCCGAGCGCCAAUUUCUGGCCCCCGAGGUCAUCCUGCGCCCCGAAGACAGCAUGGCUGCUGUGUUGAAGAAGCUGCGGUCGGCCAUGGAAGAGUCGGGCAUGGCCAUAGCUGAGUUUCCUCCGUGUGAGGAGUUUACCGUCUCCAUCAUCAAUCCGUUUGCUCGUACUAACGAGGGAGUGUGGCCGACGAGUCCCAGGUGGGUGGAGCUAACAGUGGUAACCAUGACGACGAGAGAGCAUCGGGUGGGAUCAAAGAAACCAGGCACAGAGCUGAGAUUCAAGGAGCCAUCGUUCUGUGGGGGACAGACAGCUCGCGGCAUAGACUACUUCACCUGCAGAGACUGCGGAUUCAACUGGGUGUGCCAGCCGUGUGCUGAAAUCUGUCACAAGGGCCACUCGCUCGUGUCGUAUCUCCGAAAUCAUAAGCCCACGUGGGCAUGUUGCUACUGUCCAAAGAAGAAGAAGUGCUCCAUUCAAGAUAAACCAUCUUAAAAGACAUACUUAUGUUUUUGGAAUAUAUACCAAUGCAGCAGUGAUUCAUUAUAACUUUUAUGUUUUUUUUAUAAUGCAGCAUGCAACAGUAGUGCUAUGUUUGUACAAUGUGGCUCUUUACAGAAUGAAAAUAGAACACAAUUCCCGUAGCAUAUAUAUACUGUAUGUAUCCAGGUACACUAGUAUACAAUGUUGGA